AUGUCAGCAGCUCAGAAACAGGGAAUUGCCCAGCAUUACGCUAAAGAAGUUAUUACAGCUUCUAACAUAGACGAAACGAAGAAAACAACCAUAUUAUGGAUACACAUAGCUGCUAUCUACGAAAUCUGUUGGUGGGUACUCACAAACGAAGUGAGGAAGGAAGGAAAUUCCGGAUCCGAUACUACCAUUAAAAGUCGGUUGGGGAAAGAAAUAAAAGUGUUACGAACUUGGUGA